AAAACAUAAAAAAACGGUCAAGUCACCAUCACUUCCUUUAUUAACUUAUAUAACAAAAUAUAGAAAUUGUAUGUACUUAUCUUCUUUUAUUUCCGUCACAUGCAACGACAACAUGAACAUGUAACUUGUUAUACUUUAUAAUUAAACAACCAUCGCAAGCGUUCAUUUCAUAUAUAAGAUAGUGGUUCACGAUGCGAUAUCUUUCAGUAUACUUAAAAACAUUGAUAUAAGCAGCACAUACUUAAUAUAUGUCCUACAAUACCGAUUGUCAUACAUACGGUGGAAAAUUAUUAUUGAUAGACGCUUCUUUUUAGUAAAGACAAGAAUAUAUCAACUCGUGAUGUUACUCGCGGAAUUAAUCGGGGUUUUCAUUAUUACUCUGAGUGUUGUAUACAUAUAUUAUAAAUAUGUGUUGCUCAAUUAUUGGCGCAAAAAGGGUGUUUUUUAUGUCGAGCCUACUGUGCCAGCUGGUAAUUUGACACCUUAUGUGACUGGAAAAGUGUCAGUAGGUGAACUCUUCCGUGAUGCUUAUAUGAAAUAUAAGGAUCAUCGUGUCUUUGGGAUGUAUGCAUUUUUCAAGCCAAAUCUGGUAAUCGCCGAUCUCGAUCUUAUUCGAACAGUUUUGGCCAAAGAAUUCGGGAGUUUCCAUGAUCGUGGGAUGUUUUGUAAUGAGAAGAUUGAUCCACUGUCUGGCCAUUUGUUUUUAUUGCCUGGGAAAAAAUGGCGAAAUUUACGUGUAAAGUUGACACCCACUUUUACUUCAGGAAAAAUAAAGCAGAUGUUCAUGAUUCUGAAGGAAUGCGGCGAAGAGUUUGCGAAAAAUUUAGAGAACAAAGCUCAGAUGAGAGAUUGCAUUGAGAUAAAAGAUAUAUUUGCAAGUGUUUCUGCCCAAGAUUACUCUGAAAUAAUGAUAUCUUAUUUAAACUUAGCAACUGUGAAUAAACUUACCAUGUUGGAAGCAGCUGCACAAGCUUAUGUUUUCUUCUUGGCUGGCUUUGAAACUUCCUCGACAACGGCGACAUACUGUUUAUACGAAUUAGCUCAACAUCAAGGUAUACAGGAUAAAAUUCGUCAGGAAAUUGACGAAAUGUUAAAACAGCAUGGUGGAUUAACUUAUAAUGCUGUGAAUGAAAUGAUAUAUCUUCAUAAAGUAGUAAAUGAAACUAUGAGAAAAUAUCCGCCUGUACCUGUCUUAAAUCGCGUCUGCACCAAGGAAUUAGAUCUUCCAACAACAAAUAUUCACGUGACAGAAGGGACGUUAAUUACUAUACCGGUAUUCGGAUUGCAUCGAGAUCCGUCGAUAUAUCCGCAUCCAGAUAAAUUUGAUCCUGAACGAUUCAACGCGGAUAAGAUAGCAGCUAGACAUCCUUAUGCUUACUUGCCAUUUGGGGAAGGACCACGAGUUUGUAUUGGUACCAGAUUUGGCUACAUGCAAACAAAAAUUGGACUCGUAAGUCUUUUGUCAAAGUACAAGUUUAAACUUCAUCCUCGAACUCCGGUUCCGCUUACUUUUGAUGAAGCGCCUAUUGUACUUACGGUCAAAGGCGGUGUCCAUCUUAUCAUCGAGCCGCGAUAAAAUAACAUUCUUGAGCUGAAGUGAAAUUUCUGCUCGAUCCGUCCAAAAAGUAUUGCUGAAUCAAAGUGUAAGCCUGUUUUUUGUAUUAUAGUUUAUUUUUGUUAUUUAUAUAUGCUUUACUAUUAUAUCAAAUCGCAAUUCAAUAUUGCACAUUUGCAGAGUUGGGGAGUAACGCGUUACUUCUAACGCCGUUACCGUACAGUUACUUUUUUUCGGUAAUUGUAAUGGUAACGGCGUUACAAAUUUCGUUUGUAAUGGAAAAAGUAACUUUGUUACAUUUUUUGAUAACGAAUAACGAAUUUAACAGUUAUUUCUAUCGUUACUUUUUUCGAAUUUACUCGGUAUAAUUUUCAAAAGGAGCAUAUUGAUAAGAGUAUUGGAAUGCAGUAUUACAUGAAAAUUACUGAAAGCUCAUUUUAGUAUCUUGUUUCUUUCUACUUUAUACGACAAUGUUUAAAAAUUUUUAAUGUUUAGUAUAAAUUUUUAGUGUUUAUUUGAUCUUGUAUUAAAAAAAUUGUAUGUAAAGUUUGUAUUGUACAUAAAAAAAGUAACGGAAAUUGUAAUGAUUCGUUAUUUUUUGAGUGACGGUAACGAGUAACGAGUUACUUUUUAGAAAAAAGAAUAGUAACGGUAACGAGUAACUUUUAUAAAGUAACUUUCCCAACUCUGCACAUUUGAAACAUACAAUUAAUUAUAAUUAAUUAAAAAUAUACUUCUUUGAACUUGUUAAUAGACUUAUUUGUUAAUACAUCUAAUUGUUUUAUAAAUGGGCUGCGAUAAAUUGAUCAUACUUGAA